AGAGAGAGAGAUGUCAUGGAGGCGAGUGCUGGCCGGAAACAAUGGCGUCUUCGGCGCCGACGUCCCCUGCAAGCUCCGGCAGAAGCUGAAGAAGAAGCUCCAAAGCCCCCGCCUUCACCCCAUCCAACCUGACACCUCUCGCCGCAAUCCCAACCUUGACGCCAUCCUCUCCCGCGACGCCUCCUUCCGCUUCCUCUUCCGCACUAAAUCCUUCCUCUCUCGCCUCCCCGACCAUUCCAUCCCCCUCCCUCUCGCCGGAAAGCUCCACCGAGAACUCGGCUUCCCCCGCGGCCGCAAACCGUCCCGCCUCGCCCUCCAGCAUCCCCUCCUCCUCCGCCUCUCCCACGACCCCCCUUCACUGUCCUUCACUUCUCUAAUGCAAUCCCUCCUCCUCGAAGAGCGAUCCAUCUACCUUUCUUUGGAAUCGCGUCGAAUACUCACCGUGCAGAAGCUCCUCAUGAUGUCCCGCCACCGCCGCAUCCCUCUCGCCAAGCUCCACCACUGCCGCGCCAUCUUUGGUCUCCCUGAUGACUUCCGCGACCGCGUCCGCCACUACCCCAACCUCUUCCGCAUUCACAUCAACCCCAUUGAUGACCUCCACGAGCUGGAGCUCGUGGAUUGGGAUCCCUCCCUCGCCGUCAGUGCCCUUGAACGCCAGUUCAUCGAGGACGAAGAGCGCAUCCGCAAGCUCUUCAAGUUCCCAAUCCCGCGCCGCAGGUAUUUGGAUUUGGAUCCUGACGACGCGAAGCAGAUGGAUUUCGUGACUACGUUCCCGUUGGUGUCACCGUACUCCGAUGGCUGGAAGCAUGAUCUGUGGACUGUGGAGGCGGAGAAGUAUAGGGUGGGGAUUGUGCAUGAGUUCUUGAGCUUGACGCUGGAGAAGAGGGCGAUGAUACAUCAUGUGGUGGAGUUCAAGGAGGAGUUCAGCUUGACGAAGCACACGUACCAGAUGCUGGUGAAGCAGCCCCGGGCGUUCUAUCUCGCUGGGACGGAGAUGAAUUGGGCUGCGUUUCUCAAGGAUGAGUAUAGGGAGGAUGGGACUUUGAUUGAGAAGGAUGCACAGGUGAUGUUUGAAGAAAAGCUUAGGAGAUAUGCUGGUAUGACACAGAAGGAUUUUAGUGGCAAUGUUGGUGAUGAUCCAAGGGUUGAAGCAUGAACCUUUGAAUGUCUGGUAAAUGGGAAAAGGUUUGAUCUUUUGUUGUUUGUUCUCUGUGGAUUUGUUGGAGGAUCAGAAUGAUAGAGAAUGAGUUUUGAUGGCAAUCGAGCGGUUGGAGGAUGAAUGCAUGCUAAUAAAUAGUAAAAGUUUGAUCUUUAGUUUGCUUGCUUUCUGUGGAUUUGUUGGAGGAACAGAGUUGUCAGUGGUGAUGGAGAAAGAUUUUAAUUGCAAUCUUGUUGACGGUGGGGAGAUUGAAGGAUGAACCGCAUGCUUAACAAUAAAAGUUUGAUCUUUAGUUGCUCUCUGUGUUUUCUCUUUAGGCAUUCUGAGUGGUUAGUGGUGAUGGAGAAUGAAUGCAGGCUAAAGACUGGAAGUAUGAUUUUGGCAAGCAGAGCGGUCAGUGAUGAAAGAACAAAAGUUUAUAAUGGCAAUCUUCAAAAAAAUGCUAAGUAGUUGAAGGAUGAAUACAUGCUAAAUAGUGAAAGUUUGACUUCCUGUGGAUUUGUUCAGCGAAACAGAGUGAUCUGUGGUGAUGGAGAAAGUUUUUAAUGGCAAUGUUGUUGAUAAUGUGGAGACAGAUUGAAGGAUUAAUGCAUGUGGAACAGGAAAAGUUUGAUCUUUAGUUGCUUUCUGUGGAUUUGCUUGGUAGUCAGAGUGGUCGCCCGGAAUAUUAAAAGUUUGAUCUUUAGUUGCUCUCUGUGGAUUUGCUUCAUGAUCAGAGUGGUCAAUGGCGCGAUGGAGAAUGAUUAUUAAUUACAGUGUUUAUGAUAGUGGGAAAAUUUAAGUAUGUAUGCAUGCCAAAUAGUGCAAAUUGGACCUUUUGUUGCUCCGUGAAUUUCUUGAUGGAUGCUCAGCGAUGAUGAAAGAAAGAUUUUACUGGUAAUUGACAAUUGUUGUUGAUAAUAGAGAAGUUGAAGAAUGGCUGCUUUUCAAACACUAAAAACUUGGUCGUUAGCUGUUCUUUUAAUUUUUUGGUGGAGCAGAGUGUAUUGUGUUUCUGUUGAUAGGGCAUAUCAGCAUUUGACCAAGAAAAUCUCAACCUCUUGUCAAUGGUGUUUCCGUUUGAUUAACCGAUCAAAUGGAUGGAUAUAUGUUAUUGCUUUGUUUGGUUGUAUCAAGAAAAAAGAUUCAGCAAUCAAAAUCAACAGUUACAAAAGCAGCUUCAUUUUUCUUCAA